AUGAACUUAUCAUAUGAUGCAUAUAGUUCAAUUGAAUAUGUUGGAACUCAAACGUUCGGUGGAAAACAAACAGAUUUUAAUGAGAUAAAAGCAACAAUUACAGCAACACUUGAAAAUAACAAAAUUCGUUCACCACGACGUUUAUCAGUUAUUUUUAAAGCUCUAAAAGCUUUAAACGAAAAGUUUAAUCAUGCUAUACCUCCUGAAAUGCCUUCAACAUUACCCGAUGAUUUUU